UUUUGUAAUAUCUUAAGAAUUUUAUUGGUUUUUGAAAUAGCUGACAGAUUUUUUUGGCUUUUGUAAUUGCUGACAGAUAUGAUUGGCGUUUGCCACUUUUAACAGAUUUGGUCCUUUUUUUAUUUAAAUUUUAUGUAAAAAAAUUUCUUAAAAAUCAGUAAAAGAGCUUGUAUAUGAGGGAAAAUUCUAGCGUAGGAAUAAAGAGAAGAAAAAAAAAAAGGAAUAGUGGAGUAUAUGAAGAACAGAAUUUUUUUAUGAAAAUGAAAAAGUCAUCUCUUAUUGUAGGUUUAGGUAAUUACAUUUACCCCAACAGCCGGCAUAGUAUAGGAAUGAGCAUCUGCGAUAAGAUUGCAUCACAAUAUAAUUUGUCAUGGAAGUAUAGUUUUGAUUAUAAAGCCUACACAACACAGUUAAGUAAUAUUACUAAUGAUAUAAUUAUGUUGAAAUCGAAAUAUCCAAUGAAUAUGAACGGAAAGAGUGUAAAAGCAAUUGUUAAGGGACUAGAAGUAGAAAAUAUAAUUGUUGUACAUGAUGAUCUUGAUAGACCUUUAGGGAAAUUGAGCCUGAAAACAUGUGGAAGUGCUGGUGGACACAAUGGCGUCAAGUCAAUCAUAUCAUGUUUAGGUACUGAUAAAUUCCGACGGUUAAGGAUUGGUAUUGGUCGACCAAUAAACCCUAAUGAAGUUACUCGUUAUGUUCUAGCCGAUUUUGAUGUAUCCGAAAAAACAAAUUUAGAAAUGGUGCAUAAGCAUGCAUUAGAAAUCAUACUUAAUGAAUUAAAGUUUUUUGUCACAGAUCACACGGAUUUAAUCCCUCGUUAAUGCAAUUUUAUUUAUAAUAACGUAACCUAAAUUUGUUAAUGACAAAGAUUGCGAAAUCUCGAUUUUAAAAACAAUUAUUGAAACAAAUUUACAUAAAUAAAAACAAUUCUAACA